UUCCCUGUCUUUUAGUGAAGAAAAGCGAUUCUAGCUUGUUUCCGGAGAAUCGCGACAUAUUUGGACUACAUCUUCUAUGGCGUCCAAAUGCUUGUCUUGCGCUAAAGGAGUGACUUCUCGUUCAAAAGCCGUACAGUGCUCUGGAUGUGACGGCUGGAUGCAUAUUGCUUGCUGUGGCAUCGGUCCUGAUCAGUAUGAAGCACUACAGCUGAUGACUUCUCCAGCCAUUGUUUUCUUUUGUGAUGUCUGCCGUACUUCCUUAAACAACAGACGUCUCGUGAAUGGGCUCUCCUCGAUCAGCCCUCAUCCCAUUCCAAUGACACCCAAGGCUCCCGAUACCCUGGUCCCCCUAAUUACUCCUCAUUCUCCCCCUUCUGCCUCCGCACCAGCCUCUCCCACAGGUAAACGAAGUCGCGGGCGGUCUGAUUCUUUCCCCCAGCCGUUGGAAUACGUCCAUCACAGCGAGACCAAGACAAAGACAUACGCAUCGGUUGUAAAGGAAAGUACCACCGCAUCUGGUGAUAUGUAUAACGCUAAGACUAAGUCGAAGUCUAAAUCCAAGACUUCCUCCCCUCAGUCGCAGUUCAAAUCUGUCCUUGACAAGAUUAACCAUUUGGAAUCGCUGAUCAGAGACAGCGCAAAUCCUUCCCAACCGCAAACCACCAGGCGUACCCUACCACCCUCCCGUGACCGGUGUCUCAUCAUUAUGAAUGCGCCUGAGUCGACCAAAGAUGCCCCAGCCGGACGGAUGUUAGACGACCAAGUGUUCCUGGAACGACUUAUCUCUGUGUUAUUCGACGAAGGCGAACAGGGAAUCAACAUUAUCUCGGCUUUCCGCUUAGGUAAGAAACAAGAGGAUUCCCCCAAGCCUCGCCCCCUAAAGGUUGUGUUCCAAAACGAGGAAGAAUGUCGACGCAUUCUCCUACGGACCUCACGGCUCAAAGGCAAGCCGUUUUAUGUGUUGAGAGAUCUCUCCCCGGAAGAUCGGAUCAAAAUGAAAAAAGCCGUUGAUGAGCUGAGGACCCGUCGGGCGAAUGGUGAAACGGACCUUCAUAUCGCGGAUUUUCGCGUAGUUCGGAAAACUCCAAGAACCCGUUGGAGACCGAUUUUUCUCACCCCAGGACAGUAACGCAAAAGAACGGACUGCGUGUGCUGUUCGCUAAUGUUCGUAGUCUGCGAAAUAAACUUGAUGAGAUCCAGACGCUUGCCGCAGAUGUUUGUCCUGAUUUAAUGGCCUUCACUGAAACAUGGUUAUUCCCUGACAUCAUUGACUCUGAAGUAUCUAUCCCUGGAUACCACCUUUCUCGGGCCGAUCGUCAUGGGAGGAAGUCGGGAGGCGGCGUAAUACUAUACUGGAGAGCGGAUCUGAAGUCCCAUCUAGUUGAGGUCUCAUGUGACAAUGACAGCGAUUUUGAUGCCCUUUGGUGUCGCAUUCAUGACGGGUGCAGAUCUUCUUUGAUUGGUGUCAUCUACAGAGCGCCACUGGGCGCGGGAGCUCGCCUGUUGGAACUGAUCAAGAAGCACGGUGCUGGAAAGGAUUGUCUUAUUCUGGGAGAUUUCAAUGCUCCUAAUAUCGACUGGGACUUCUUUCUUUGCAAUCGUCCACCUGAUUCCUUUGAUGCCGCUUUCCUUGAUACCAUUCUCGACUGCAGCCUGUAUCAACAUGUGUCCAUGCCUACUCGCAUUCUCGCCGGCCAGUCGCCUCAUAUCCUGGAUCUUGUGCUCUCCCCAGCGCAGUCAGACGUCAUGGACCUAACAGUCUUCCAACCUAUUGGUAAAAGCGAUCAUUGUACUAUUUUAUUCCAAUGGACUCGUCGCUUUACCGUUCACAACUCAUGUGCCGUUCGCCGAAAUUUCUGGCGUACCGAUGCCCUUCGUCUUAAAACGGCUGCAAGCAGUAUGGAUUGGUAUAUUCCCGAACAGCUCAAUGUGGACGGUGCCUGGAAUCUUCUGUACUCCAAGCUGACAUCACUCAUUGAGCAAGUUGUCCCCAUUUCCAAAAAGCGACCGCUCUCUAGAGGCCCUCCAUGGAUCGAUCGUGAUCUGAGAUCCCUAAUGAACAGAAGACGUAAGUUGUGGGACCGCUUUAGGAUCACGCGGUCAGAGCAUGACUACAUCAGUUACAAAACGGUUAGGAAUACCUGUACCCUGCAAAAACGUGAGAAACGUCAACAGUAUGAACUCUCUCUAGCCACACUUUCUAGAAACACUCCUAAGACGCUUUUCUCCUACCUCAAACGGAGCACUAGAGCGGGCAGUGGUAUCCCUGCCCUGUGUUCUUCCGAACAUGAGGAUCCAGUUCACGAAGACACCGACAAAGCCAGCCUCCUGGCUCGGCAAUACUCUUCAGUGUAUUCAACCUCAGCGUCGUUUACUGACAGAACAGUGUGCACUCCCCCUUCUCUGUUAGAGCACGUCGAUAUUAACACUGACGUCGUGUUGAAACUUCUCUGUGAGUUGGAUCCUUACUCAUCGCCUGGUCCUGACGACUUGCACCCUUUGUUCCUCAAGACUGUGGCUCAGUACAUUGCUUCACCUAUCACGCAGGUUUUCCGUCGAUCGUUUCAGUCCGGACUUCUCCCGACCGCUUGGAAGAUGGGCAUCAUCAAGCCCAUAUACAAAGGAGGGAACCGGCAAGACCCAGCUAGCUACCGGCCCAUCUGCCUUACAUCGAUAGUGUGCAAAAUCAUGGAACGGGUCCUGAAACGGGCGCUUCGACUUCAUCUCGAGCGGUUGGAUCUGAUAUCCAGUGCCCAACAUGGUUUUCGCAAAGCUCGCUCCUGCUCUACCAACUUGCUUAUGGCUAGAGAAAAAUGGGCAAAUUCAUUGGAUGUUGGCAAACGCAUGGAUGUUGUGUUCGUGGACUUCAGUAAAGCUUUUGAUAAGGUCCCUCAUGAACAGCUUCUCUACAAACUCCGAGGAAUCGGUAUCUCUGGAAACUUUCUCUCCUGGAUUUCUGAUUUCCUACACACUCGUUCCAUGCUGGUGAGAGUGAACGAAACGUAUUCCGAUCCUGUUCAUAUGACCAGCGGUGUUCCACAGGGCUCCGUCCUCGGCCCCGAACUCUUCAACAUCUUCAUCAACGAUCUACCGUCGGAGCUUCAAUCGGAUUGCUUGAUUUAUGCGGAUGAUCUAAAGAUAUGGAAGGAGGUAUCCUCUCUAGAGGAUGCUGAUCGACUACAAGAGACGCUCGAUCUCCUGCACACUUGGUCGAUUCAGUGGCAUUUACCCAUUAAUCAAGACAAAUGUUCCGUCCUGCCUAUCGGCGCUCCUGAACCACUCGGCGCGUACCACAUAGGUGGUUUCUUGCUCAAAAAUGUUACAUCAGAGAGAGAUCUGGGCGUGAUUGUUUCCCCGGACUUAAGAUCCUCUCAGGACACCAUGAAGAGGGUUGCCGCUGCCUACAGAAUGUUUCAUGCCAUCCGAAGAGCUUUCUGUCGCUUGACACCGGAACUCUUUAGACUUCUGUUCACCUCGCAUGUGCGCCCGAUUUUGGAAUACGGCCUCCCUGCUGCCUACCCGCUUUCCAAAUCUGAGCGCGACAUGAUCGAAAAGGUCCAACGGCGUGGAUCGAAGUUUGUCUCCGAGUUACGUGACCUGCCGUAUCCCCUUCGGCUUCGGCAUUUGAAUAUGUUUUCUAUGGAUUACCGCCGUCGGCGUGGGGACUUGAUCUUUACCCGUCGUAUCCUCAGGGGAGAACUGGGGAGAGAGUUGCAGGAAUUCUUCCACCUCAACAUCGGGAGUUCGACUAGAGGCCACCAAUGGAAAAUAUUCAAGCCACGGAGGCUCAAAGUACGGUCCAUUCUUGCUCUAUCCACUCGCGUUGUGAAUAAUUGGAACCGGUUACCGCCGACAGUCGUUGAUGCACAGACAGAGGAUUGCUUCAAACGACUACUUGAUACACACCUGUUGAAUAUGCCGGGAUCGUGUUGCUUCAGCUACGAGUGCGACGGCCUCUCCGGAGUUCCCGUUGCGCAAUGACGAGCAUCCCAGCAAUGAUCGGGAAGCGAUGGAGCUGACAAGGGAUUUCCCCUCCUGCUCUCUACUACCCCAAUGAACCCUGUGGUCGAACUGAUCAGUGUAUCCUCAGU